CGUUAGCCACGCCUUCUCGCUCCUACCCUCAGGGGCCCCAUUAGCGUUCCGGCGCUAUGGAAACAGAGGCUGUCGGGCGCGCUCCGGGCCUAGACGGGCAACGUGUACUGUGAAGGGCCGGAACAGGGUCCCGCCCGCCCCCGUCUCUCUUCAGCCUGCCCUGCUCUUCUGGCGGCUGAGUGACAAAAGGAGCCCUAUGGCGCCCUGCAAAGGUUUCGUUUGCGUUCUGGAGCUGCAUAUCCGCACGGUAACAUGCCCAGGUGUUGCACUGAAAUCCAGAGAUGAUGUCUACAUCAGUGCCUGUAUUUUUGGACAGCAUAAGAAAACUUCAUGUGUUCGUGCAAUAUUUCCCCUGAUAUUUGAUGAGAAAUUAAUGUUUGAAAAAGUAUAUACUGAUGUAGUUGACCCAGGAGAUCUUGUUGAACUUUUUGAAACUGAUGCAUCAGUGCUUGAAUUAAUACAAACUGUCCCGCCAGUGGGAGAAAUUCUAGCCAGAUAUGAAGAAAAUACAAGAGAUUUCCUUUUUCCUGCUCCUAAGUUUAUCCAUCAACAACAAAGUUCAGUUCGUGAGGUUUUAAUGAAAAAGGCCUAUGGUUUUACAGGAAUUGCACCAAAAUUGAAGUUUUACACAACUUGUGUUAUUUCGGAAAGCCUGUUAAGUUCAGCAAAAGCUCAGAAGCAGGAUAAUUUAGAUGGGCUGUUUCAUUCAUCUACAGAAGGAAUGCGACAGAUCAGAUCUUCAAAGAAGAACACAGCCUCACCUGAGAGAAACAGGCCUUGUUCAGCAACGAAGAGUUAUGAGCAACCCACAAUAGCAUCUCUUUCUCGAUCCCCUUCUCCUUAUACAAAAAGGCGAAUGUGCGAGCUUCUGCAAGUCAGACAGCGCCUGGCUCACUUAGACCUAGGGCCUUUUGAUUUCAGGAAAGAAACAGACAAACCCCCAUUUGUAAUUCGUCGUGUUGAACAGUUGACUCCCUCACCUGAUGUUCAUACAUGGUGUUGUCCUAAGGAAAAUAAAGAUGAAGCAGCCUACGAUCCUAGUCUUCUGGGCAGUUACAGACCCAAAAAUACUAAAGUUAUUGGGUCACAUCGUGAGAAAGACUUUGAUUCUUUUCAUGACAGCUACAAUGAGCACUUGAUCACAAAAAUGAGUGGUAGGCAGGUUCAUUCAAAUCUGUUGAUGCAUUCAGCACCUCCAUCAUUGCAGAAAUAUUCUUCAACUCCUGUGUUAAAUCGCUCAUCUCUUAGAGAAAGGUUUCAUACAGGUUUGAACACAUCACUAAAUGGGGAUGAGAUCCAUAAGCGAGUGAAAAAUAUUUUAAGAACACACAGUGCAAGGCAAAGGCUAACAUUUGAUGAGACUUGGUUGUCAAAGGAAGAAUUUGCUAAGAUAAGAGACUCCAGUAGGACAGGAGAUUGCAAAAAAAGAGGUGUUUCACGUACAGAUUCUUUAAUCAGUAAUGUUCAGAGCAGACCAGUGAAGCGUGUUGGGAAAUAAGGAGGCUCAAGGAUAUUCUGACAGUUUCAAGUCUGAAGAUGUCCUCAUAAAUAGCAUGCCACGGUAGAGUUCAAAGGAGAAAGUAGUUUUGCUGACCAAAUGUUCACACUAAAAUACAUUAUUGAAAACCACUGGGACUACACAGAAGAUCUGUGAUGCUGAAAUAUUUAGUGUGAAAGUGACUUUGAAAGGAACUUGUGAAACUCUAAAGGAUAUGGAACAAAAGGAUGUGACAGGUUCAUGACAGGUAUUUUUGAAAGUGGGUUCAUCCAUCCAGCCAAACGUUAUGGUUCAUUUGGAUAAUGGUGAAUAUUGGACCAGUCAAGUUGCGGAGUAUAAAAACAAGCCCC